ACUGAGUGAGUUAUCUGUGUGCGUCUGAGGGUGUGUGAGCGCUUUCUUUCUUUUUUUCUUCCUCUACUUCCAUUAGACAUGUAGAGUCAAAUCAGGAAGUGUGAUGCUGUGACAGUACAGAAGGCAGCAGGCGCACAAUGGCACUAUGUCUGCCUCUCGGCCUGGUAACAUGAGUGGCCCCUGGGUGAAGACCCCUCUCCUGCUGCUGCUGCUGCUGUUGAUCACUCUGACUGGGACAGUGUUAUGCCAAACAGAAAGUGACGAUGCAGACCCGGGGACUGAGGCGGAGGACGAGGCCAUAGAUGAUGAGUCGCUCCCGACUGUUCCUGAUUCCACUUUACCACCAGACCAACCUCCUGCAGAAGAUCCAGUUGCAGAAGAAGAAGACGGUGCCUCCGGAGGUGGCCGCUCCAGCGUUGAUGUCAUUACACCAACAGGUACAGAGGGCCUCAGCACUCUGGGUUACGACACCACGCCUGCCGAGGGUGAAGAGAACUUGGGUCUGAUCAUCAUCCCGAUCCUCGUGGUGCUGGUGGUGGUCAUCAUCGGCAUGAUUGUUUGUGGGAUCGUCAUCCAACGCAAGUGGACCAACAAAACGAGAAAUCAAGAGCUAAGAAAGGAAGAUCCUUAUCUGGAUGGAUCCAGCACAGAGAAGGUGCCGAUGCCCAUGUUUGAAGAAGACGUGCCCUCUGUACUGGAGCUGGAGAUGGAGGAGUUGGACCAAUGGAUGAAAAAAGACGGUGAAACUGCAGGAGACUCUAAUCACGCAUGAGUCUAAUAAUGGUUAACAAAAGAUGCUCGCCUGACGCGCGAGGACGCACAGUCAACAACAAUGCAGCGUGGGCAACUUGAAUGUCCUGACCUCUUUUUAUUUUUUAUUUUACAAUAAUCCAGCUACAUUUGUCACCACAGGAGGUAACUGAACUGCCAAGAAGCAAGAUCACAAGAUCUUUGGAGACACUCCAUAUCUUAGUUUUUUACAGCAAAUAUUAAAAAUGAAUCUCCUCUUCAUUCAGUGGAAAGCAAUGUGCAACAAUUGGAUUUAUGUGUGUUAAGUAGUGGCUCUUUUUUUUUUAUGUCAUCAGUGUUUUGUCAUUCAUGUACUGUAUUUCUUCUUUCAUGCUUUGCCUGUUUUUUUAUUGUUUACUGAACUGUCCAUUGGACCAGGGAAAUGUACAGUAUUUUCUGUCGCAUUGAAUCAGCCUAAGAUAAAAGAUAGGAACCUUAAAAAGCCACUGUGCUGCAGCUAACAAAUAUUCCCUGUUUGCCGAUUGCGAACUGUUACAGAGCAUGCGGCCAUCUUCAAGUGCAUUAGGUCGGUCCUCUUCUCCAGCCCACACAGAUAUGACUGCUCACACUCGCUGCUGACGGCUCAUCUUCAGCCCAAAGCCUCUUUGUUGUGUUACACUGCGGGACUCUGCAGUUUUGAAAGGGGAAAUGUCCUGUUGAUGAUUGCAGGCAUGCAUGACUUCUUCAUGCCUGUGCAGAGCUGGUGAGGACUUACGGAGAAAGAGGUUUUUAUCCGGAAGCUGAUUGGAAUCUCAAAGCGGGAAAAAAAAUCAGAGGCCUUGUGUGUGUCUGAAUCAUUUGAUGAAUUACUGCUGGUUGCAUAAAUAGCUUUCUUAAAGCUAAGAUAUGGAUUUUCACCAUAGAUAACAACUCUCUGAAUACAUUAUAGUGUGUCAACAGAUGCUCUUCUGAUGUUUUGUUACAAGUCGCGGCUUUAAAGUGCUGAAUCUACUAGGUCAUUACACUGAACUAAAUGUGAGAGAAACUUCCUGUGAGUGUCAGUUACUGUUUUGUAGAAUCUUGCCUUGUAAAUAUGGGAAUGCAGAAAACCAAAAGAUAUUAUUUUCUUGGAAUGCCUUUUGUAAAAAUUUCAUAUAAGGCUGUCGUUUUUUUAUUUUUGCUGAUGAAGCUUUGAGUACAAUUUCACUGUGAUUUGAUGUGCGAAAAUCUUGGCUCUAGGGUUGUUGAGGUUUCAUUAUUGGACAUUUUGGAUCCAACACUUUUGGAACUUCGCCCACCAAAGUCUUAAAGUCUACAUAUAAUUAAACCUCUUGCUGUUUCAGUUUUGACCACUCA